GCCCGCCAAUACGUUAGCAACUACAAAUAUCAUUCAGAAGAAACUCAGUCAAAACAGAAAACGCUGAUCGCGAACGAAAAUGCAGAGGAGAAGAUCUCGAAGAUCGCCAUUGCCAAUGGCAUCUCCUGCUCCAGAGGAAACCCAGACUCCUCCCAAAUCAACCAUUUUCAACAAAAGGAAGAGGAAUAUAGCUAACGCCUCCCAUUCCAAUUCAGCUUCCGCUUUCUUCAAUCAUCAGUCCUCACCGCCUGACAAAAAAACCCUAACCACCAUUUCCGAUCUUAAGGAAUUUACAUCUUCUCGGUUGGAGGAUAUGAAGCGGAACCUCAUUGAUCGCUCUCACUCUGAGAUUCUCAAGGAUCUCGACGCCUCUCACUCUCGCUUCCACAAGCGCUUCAAGAUCCAGACACAAGCAUGCCAACAAGUAAUGGAGGAAGCUGAAAAAGAAUACAAGAAGAUAUCGGAAAAGAUUGACAGCAGCCAUGAAGCAAUGAAAGCCUCAUAUGCAGAAUUCAUGGCAGAUGCUCAAGCCACUGCAUCUCGUGUUUGCAAAACUUCCAUUUCUGAGCUUUCAAAGUCAUUUGAGAAAGGAAUUAAUGAUCUCCGCAACCGAUUUGGAAUGCCAUCCGCUUAGAAUUGAUUCUGAAACCGGAAGACACGUCCUCUGGAUCUUCUUUUCUGGUACUUUCAUCGUUACUAUUCUGAAACAUGUAGGCUUUGUUAGCUCAAACAGGAGGACAAAAUGGAUUCGUCAGUUGUUCAAAUUGUUCAUAUCAAGUACCACUUGAGGAGUUUUUAUGGAUUCUACAAACAAUUCUAGGUGGACAACUUUAACUCUUGAUUAGCAAUCAUUAUCAUCUUAA